AUGUCAAAUACGACAGAAUCAGUUGAUGAAAAACCUAGAAAUGAUUUUAAAGCUAGUCAUGCACCAGCAAUGAAAGUUGGUGGAAUGCGCGUUUCAGAUCCUCGUCGAACGUCUCACUGCGAUGAUAAGAAAACAGAAUCAUCAACUGAAGGUCAUAGUGAUGCACCCAACUCCACAGACAGCUCUAUUGCUGGAACUGCUGAAGAUGGACAAGAAACGACAGAUCGAACUGCAGCUGGUAGUGACGAAGGAACAUCAGGCACUGUUUCAAGACAUCAGACAGCUGGGCAAAUGGUUGCCGAACAAUUUGUACGAGUACGUGUUGUUUUCUUGUCAUGA